AUGGGAGUACCAGCCUUCUUUAGAUAUAUUUCUAGAAAAUAUAAAAAAAUCAUAGAAGUUGUUUCAGACAAUUGUUGUGACAACCUAUACCUAGAUGCAAAUGGAAUCGUUCACAAUGCUACUCACCCCCAAGACAAGCCGGCUCCCACCUCAGAAGAUGAAAUGAUGAUUGAGAUUUUUAAUUACAUUGAAAGAAUCAUGUCGUCGGUGCGCCCCAAAAAAUUACUUUAUAUCGCUAUAGAUGGAGUUGCACCACGUGCUAAAAUGAACCAACAACGAUCUCGUCGGUUCAGGACGGCACGUGAAGAAAAAGAUAAAUUAAAAGAAUCCAGUGAUCCUGAUACCUUAGAAUUGAUGCAGGCAAAAAGGUUCGACAGCAAUUGUAUUACACCAGGUACACCAUUUAUGACAAACUUGGCAAAAUGUUUAAGAUAUUGGGUUGCAGAAAACCUCAACUCGGAUCCUGAAUGGAGAAAUCUAAAAGUUAUACUAUCAGAUUCAAGCGUCCCUGGUGAAGGUGAACAUAAAAUAAUGGAUUUCAUUCGUUCUCAAAGAACUAGUAUUCACCAUGAUCCUAAUACCCGACAUAUUAUAUAUGGAUUGGAUGCAGAUUUGAUCAUGCUCUCUCUUGGAACUCAUGAACCACAUUUUAAGGUUUUACGUGAAGAUGUUUUUGGUAAUAAUGAAGUAUUACCCGAGAAACCUUUUAUAUUAUUAAAUGUAGAGGUAGUUCGUGAAUACCUUACGAUUGAGCUCAAAGUUGAUAAUCUUCCCUGGUCCUUUAACCUUGAAAAUGCAAUAGAUGAUUGGAUUCUUCUUUGUUUUUUUGUUGGUAACGAUUUCCUACCACAUUUACCUUCAUUGGAAAUAAGAGAAGGUGCAAUUGACUCGUUAAUAUCUAUAUGGAAACGUUGUCUUCCUUUAAUGGGAGGGUAUAUUACAGAUAAUGGGAAUGUAAACCUAAAGAGAUUACAGUAUUUAGUUACGGAGUUGGGUAAAAUGGAGGAUGAAGUAUUUAUUCGUAGACAUGAAUUUGAAAAUAGAUCGAAACGAAGAAAGAUCAGAAAUGUAGAUUCCAUAACAAUAAAUAAUUCAAUUUCAGAUAAUUCAUGUGACACAAAACCAAGCCAAGAAUCUAUUGAAUCUAUUAUCACGGAAGAAAAGACAAUCGAAACUGAAGAAAUUCAAAAAUCUAUUGAAUCUACCGAGUCAAUUGUUUCUGUAACAAAUACUCAAGUAGAGACCGAGACAUCAAAUUCAUCAAAUCCAACAGGUGUUAAAAGGAAAUCAGAUUCAAUAGAUUUAGAAGAGAAUACUGAUAAUGAAGAUCCUGUUAGGUUAUGGGAACCUGGAUUCAAAGAAAGAUAUUAUAAAGAUAAAUUUGAUAUUGAAUUAUCUAAUCAUCAAUUUCGUGCAGAUUUAGUAAAGAGUUAUGUCGAGGGUAUCUGUUGGGUUAUGCAAUAUUAUUUUCAGGGUGUUCCAUCCUGGAAAUGGUAUUAUCCAUAUCAUUACUCACCUUUUGCCUCAGAUUUCACAGAUAUUGGAGAUAUCGAAAUUGAUUUUAAAUUAGGCGAACCAUUUAAACCCUUUGAACAUAAAGAAAGUUUGCCCGAACAAUUUCAUGUACUUAUGGAAUCGGAGGAUAGCGUAGUAUUACUUCCAUUUAUUGAUGAAUCACGAUUAUUGAAAGCCGUUAAUUCUGUAUAUCCAACUCUUGGGGAAGAAGAAACUGCUCGAAAUACUUUUGGAUCCGAGCCUAUUCCACUAGAUCCCAAAAUCAGUGAUCAGUUAAUUGGAUAUGUUGCACAUGAUCGCAAUUGUAUACCGGAAAGUACUUUUUCUUCGCCCUUACCCCAAAAAAAACCUGAUAUUGUUAACGAUAAAUCGUUAAGCACUUUGCACAAGUCUGUCCUCUUAGAAAAUGUUAAAUUAGAUCCGCCAGUUUUAGGUCGUGAAGAUUAUGAAUUUGUUAAAAAUGGUGGACGAGGAUCAGGAGGGAGUAGAGGUCCUAGAUAUGAGAGACCUUCAUAUAACACAAAUUAUUCUUAUUCGAGAGAACCACAAUAUGCAAAUACACCAAAUUAUUAUUCACAUAAUUCUUAUAAUUCUUCAACAGGAUAUUCUCAUUCUUCUACACAUAAUUAUAAUGCAACGGGAUAUUCACAUAAUUCAUAUAAUUCACAUAAUCCUUCAACGGGAUAUUCACAUAAUUCCACAACGGGAUACAAUGAAAUAAAUCCUCCUGGUGUUGGUCGCAAUUAUUCAAAGG